AUGAUACCCAAAUCGAAGAAGGAGCCGACCAUCAUGAAUACAAAAGCAGCCCCGUACUCGGCGUGUUUGGUAUGGGAGAAGACGUGUGGUAAGCAGGGUAACUGUUGGAUAUAUGACCAGGACAAGUUCAGGUACUACCUACACGGGGCUGCCUUUGUAUUCAUGAUGGUUGGCUCCUUCUUCGAUUUGGGUAUUAUUUUCAUCGCCAAUAAAAUCAAGAAUUUCUACGACGACGACCCGGAUAAAGGCGGUGAUAAUGAUGAUCAGGAUAAGCCUAAUGCAAAAGCCACUAUAUACAUGACUAAUAUCUCUGAUAGCAAAGUGGACAGUAAGCAAAGGGACAGUGCGUUUGACCCAAACCAUCAACAGGAUGAUGAGGAUGAAGACCCGAUGCUUACAUCUUGUGGUAUAGGCUCGUGGAGACCACAAUGGCUGCAAGGGUUGGCACGACCCGUGUUUUUCAUGAUUAACUUCACAUUCAUCGGUAUAAUACAGGGAAUGACUGGAAGUUAUUUCAUGGGAUCCAUGAGUACUCUGGAGCAGAGGUUUGCCUUCGACUCCAAGAUAUCGGGGUUUAUAUUAAUCGCCGAUAACUUGAUUCAAAUGCUGGUGAGUCCAAUCAUUGGCUACUUUGGCAGUCGGGUCAAUAGGCCGCGUAUGAUAGCUAGCGGUGAACUCAUACUAUCCCUGUCCUGCCUGACCACAGCACUGCCCUACUUGCUGUACGGUCCGGGCACUCACCUCCUACACGAUGACAACCUACUGUCCAAACUGAAGUCCAAUGAGACCCAUGGGAUGCACUAUGAGAUGUGUUCGGCCAAUAAGGACGACAUCGACUGCGCCUCUGGAAAGCACUCCACUAUAUGGCCGGCCGUUAUGUUGUUAUGGACGGGUAGUUUCCUGAGGGGACUGGGAUUCACGGCUUAUUGGGUGGUCGGAAUGCCAUAUAUUGACGAUAGUGUCAGCAAGCGCAAUUCACCACUCUACAUCAGCCUUAUCAGUGCUUUUCGACUGAUAGGCCCGGCCGGGGGUUUCCUACUGGCAUCCCUUUGCCUCCGAUUCUAUGAAAACCCAUUGUAUCAUCCUGGUAUAGAGAGGCGUGAUCCACGUUUCAUAGGAGCAUGGUGGAUUGGGUUCACCGUUAUCGGAAUAUUCCUAUUUUUCGCGUCACUUCCCAUGUUUUUAUUUCCCAAACAACUGAAGGGGGCGUCAGUUAAGGUCAGGGAUCUCAAAGACGACGUGAAAGGCAUGAGGGGUACGAAAGACGCGAUCAAGCGUUUGGCACACAAUCCUAUAUUAGUGUGUCAUCUGUUGGCCAGUACUCUGCGUUAUAUAGGGGGCGGCGGUUAUCAUAUGUUCAAAACCAAGUACAUCCAGUUCCACUUCCAUAAGAGCACUUCGGCGGCCAGUUUGAUCCAGGCAACGACAUCUAUAGUGCCUUCGGCUGUGGGCAUUAUGAUGGGCGGCAUACUGAUCACGUGGCUCAAGCCCACACCCCGUACCAUGAUCAUUUGCAUGUUUUUGUUCGAGGUGUGGGCCUGUUGUGGCAAACUGGGCCUUAUGUUCGUAGGCUGUCCACCGCUCAAAAUAGAGCCACCAAUCGCUACCAAUACUGAUAAUGAAUUUUCGAUGUUAUCCGGGUGCAAUAAGAACUGCGAGUGUACUACCACAUUCAUACCAUACCCGCUAAUAUUCGGGGCGAUCAUAGACUCGGCGUGUUUGGUAUGGAAGACCACGUGUGGUAAGCGGGGUAACUGUUGGAUAUAUGACCAGGACAAGUUCAGGUACUACUUGCACGGCUCGGCCUUUCUAUUCAUGGCUGCCGGCACUCUCAUUGAUUUUUCGCUCAUUUUUAUGGCCUCACGUAUUAAAAACUUUUAUGACGAGCCCGACGCUGACGAUGAGAGUGGACAGCCUAAAAUGACUGACAAUAACGCCAUACUGCAAGAAAUUAUGCCUAAAAACCAUAAACGUGUGAAUAGUGAUGAUAAUGACCAACAAAAGGGCAGUGCGUUUAAAAUACAAGAAGACAUCGAUGAUGAGGACCCAACCCUUACCUCGUGUGGCAUAGGCUCGUGGCGACCCCAAUGGCUACAGUUUUUUGCCAGUCCCCUAUACUUCACAAUGAACUUUGCUAUCGUAGGGGUCGUACAGGCCAUGACCGGUAGCUUUUUGGUCGCCUCCAUCAGUACUCUAGAGAAGAGGUAUGCCUUUGACUCCAAGAUAUCUGGAUAUAUAUUCAUCGCCGAUAAUUUUGUACAAAUGCUGGUCAGUCCUAUAAUUGGCUAUUUAAGCAAUCGAUUCAAUAGGCCGCGUAUGAUAGCCACGGGUGAACUUAUCGUAGCCCUGUCCUGUUUCAUUAAUGCAAUGCCAUACUUCAUAUACGGUCCGGGGACACACCUACUUCACGACGACAACCUACUGACCAAAUUGGCGCGCAAUGAAACCCGUUAUGAGAUGUGUCCGGCCAAUCAAAAUGACAUCGACUGUUCCGGUGGGAAGUACUCGACUGUAUGGGGGGCUGUUAUCCUAUUAAUAAUCGGCAGCUCUGCCCGAGGGCUGGGAUAUACAGCCUAUUGGGUGAUCGGAAUGCCAUACAUCGACGAUAGUGUCCAGAAGACUAACUCUCCCCUAUAUAUUAGUUUUCUCACAUCAUUGAGACUCAUAGGUCCGGCCACUGGCUUCAUGUUAUCCUCAUUAGUACUGCGAUUCUAUGAAAACCCAUUUUGUUUUGGUGGAUAUUAUAUAAACAAAACCAAAUAUAUUGAGUCUCAGUUCAGACAAUCGAGUUCAGGCGCCAGUUUCAUAACCGGUGCCACAUCUGUCCUACCCAUGGCUAUCGGUAUCAUAUUAGGUGGGGUAAUGAUCAAGUACAUAAAACCCCGACCCCUCACACUUGUUAUAUACAUGUUUGCUGUCGAGUGGGUUACCAAUGGAGGUAUGCUGUUUGGUAUGUUUACCGGUUGCCCAUCACUUAACCUACCCUCCACUGGACUUACACCCGAUAAUCAAUUUUCAUUGAAUACCAAAUGCAAUACCGGUUGUGAGUGCACGACCAGAGUAUUCACACCAAUCUGUGCCGAGGAUAAGAUGACCACAUAUUUCUCGCCGUGUUUUGCUGGGUGUGAUAAAUUGGACAGAGCAUCAGGGACAGUGUCCGGCUGUUCAUGUAUUGGUGAUUACGGGAGUGGGGGUGAGGCCACCACAGGUUUCUGUCAAAGUGAUACGGAUAACUGCAAUAAUUUGAUGCCCUAUUUAAUUAUGAUGACAGUCGCCGGUAUAGUGUCGUCCACUGCCAGGACUGGCAAUUCAUUGCUUACACUUAGAGCUCUGGAUCCGAAAGACAAAAGUUUUGCCAUGGGUGUGAUGGGUACUUUUAUGGCUAUAUUUGCGUUCAUUCCGUAUCCGUUGAUAUUCGGAGCGGUAGUCGACUCGACGUGUUUGGUAUGGGAGAGCAAGUGUGGGAAGACAGGUAACUGUUGGAUAUAUGACCAGGAUAAGUUCAGGUACUACCUACACGGCACGGCACUGGCAUUCAUGUGCGUUGGCUCACUAAUGGAUCUUGGUAUUAUUUGGAAUGCCAAGAAACGUCUCACAAAUUUUUAUGACGACCCCAUCGAUAGUAAAGUGGAAAAGGAGACCACAAAUGGUGACAAUAAUAAUGUGAUUGCAAUGACUGGAGUGACACUCAAAGCAAAUGAUGUCGAAACCGAUGGUGUUAUAUAA